GCCAACGAGCCGUCCAAUGACGUAGUUCCGGCUUUAUUGCCGAUAGAAGGAGGCAGACAUGGGUCAGAGUCAAAGUGGAGGACACGGACCAGGUGGAGGAAAAAAGGACGACAAGGACAAGAAGAAGAAAUAUGAACCCCCAGUACCGACCAGAGUGGGCAAAAAGAAAAAGAAGACGAAAGGUCCAGAUGCUGCCAGCAAACUGCCUCUGGUGACACCACAUACCCAGUGCAGGUUGAAGUUGCUGAAACUAGAAAGGAUUAAAGACUAUCUUCUUAUGGAGGAAGAGUUCAUUAGAAACCAGGAACAGAUGAAGCCACUGGAAGAGAAGCAGGAGGAGGAGAGGUCAAAGGUAGAUGACCUGAGAGGAACCCCAAUGUCUGUUGGUACACUGGAGGAAAUCAUUGAUGAUAAUCACGCCAUUGUGUCCACAUCAGUGGGAUCCGAACACUAUGUCAGUAUCCUCUCCUUUGUGGACAAGGACCUACUGGAACCCGGCUGCUCUGUGUUGCUCAACCAUAAAGUUCAUGCAGUGAUUGGUGUCCUCAUGGAUGACACUGACCCCUUGGUCACGGUAAUGAAAGUAGAGAAAGCUCCUCAGGAAACCUAUGCAGAUAUUGGAGGACUGGACAAUCAGAUCCAGGAAAUUAAGGAAUCUGUAGAGCUGCCCCUCACACAUCCAGAGUAUUAUGAAGAAAUGGGCAUUAAGCCUCCCAAAGGAGUGAUUCUGUAUGGAGCGCCUGGUACAGGUAAAACGCUGUUGGCCAAAGCUGUAGCAAACCAGACAUCUGCCACGUUCUUGAGGGUUGUGGGUUCUGAACUUAUCCAGAAAUACUUGGGGGAUGGCCCCAAACUUGUUCGUGAGUUGUUCAGAGUAGCAGAAGAACAUGCACCAUCCAUUGUAUUUAUUGACGAAAUCGAUGCAAUUGGUACAAAAAGAUAUGACUCCAACUCUGGUGGCGAACGAGAGAUCCAGCGAACAAUGUUGGAGCUUUUGAAUCAGCUGGACGGUUUUGACUCGCGGGGAGACGUCAAAGUAAUCAUGGCAACAAACAGGAUAGAAACGCUUGAUCCUGCCUUAAUUAGGCCAGGUCGAAUUGACAGGAAAAUUGAAUUCCCUCUCCCUGAUGAAAAGACCAAGAGACGGAUCUUCCAGAUUCAUACAAAUCGGAUGACUCUAGCAGAGGAUGUUACAUUAGAUGAUUUAAUUAUGGCAAAAGACGAUCUCUCUGGGGCAGAUAUAAAGGCAAUAUGUACAGAGGCUGGCCUGAUGGCUCUGAGAGAGCGGAGGAUGAAAGUAACCAACGAAGACUUUAAGAAAUCAAAAGAAAACGUGUUGUAUAAGAAGCAGGAGGGAACUCCUGAAGGGCUGUAUCUGUAAACAUUUUGGGUUUUGUUUUUCAUAUUUUCUCGCCUAAACUUAAAUAUUUUGUUAAUGUGAAAAAAAAUUCAACCAGGCAGCCCAUUCACACCUUUGUAUAGUUUCUUCACUAGACUAAGAACUGUGAAACAGACAGAAAUGGCUGAUUUUAAGCUACAAUAGUUAAGCUAAAAAAGUCACCAAUUCACGUGACUUUGCAGUACAGCUAUUUUAGCCUAAGAUUUGCAGUCUCCUGGCAAUUUCCACAACCCCCCUAGUUAUCUAUUUUAUCUAGGUGCCAAGGCUUGUCUAGUGCUGCAGGCCGAUACCUUGUGACGGGUGAGGUUUCACCGAUUGGGCUGUCUAUUGUGCAAAGUAAACCACUUCUGCUGUCAAGUAUUCACAUUUUCAAAAUAAACAUUCAAUGCCAGUUACUUUGUCUUU